AUGCCGCACGCGAGGUCUCCAUCGUCAUCUUCCCCCAGCUAUUCAAGCUAUACAGCUUCCAGCAGCGCCCCAACAAGCAAGUUGAAAUCCGGGGACACGAACAGUGGUGUCCGCGCAGGAGAAGUCAAAUCGAAGGUGGAUGAACUUGAGAAUCUGCGGGAGAUGCUUGCUGAGAAAAAGAAGGAAUUUGCUGAGGAGGAGGAUGUCGAUCGCAAAAAGGACAUAAAGAAAGACAUGGACAUACUGGAGCAAUGGUUACAUGACAAGGAGCACAAACAUGACAAGGUGCCUGCGGAGCAGGCGGCGAAGGUCGGGAAGGCGGUUAAAGCCCCGGACACACACACGGCCAAGGCAACGUCCAAAGAGGAUUCAAAGCCAAAUGAGGCCAUCAAGAAGCAAAAGCAGAAGGCACCAAAACCAUCCACGGAUUCAGAGGUGCCGACAAAGAAAAGCAAGAAGGCAUCGGAUGUGGAGCAGGCACCGAAGCAGCCUGCCGUCCCGGAGGCAAAGAAGCCCAAAAAGGCAUCAGAUGUAAAGGCACCGAAGCCGUCCGCGGAUCUGGAGGCGCAAGCGAAGAAACCCAAAAAGGCAUCAGAAACGCAGAAGGCACCGAGGCCGCCCGCGGAUUCGCAGGCAUCGGCAAAAAACAACAAAAAUGUUUUGGAUGUGGAGAAGGCAGUCAAGAAAUCCGCGGAUUCAGAGGUGCCAGCAAAGAAAGCGAAAAAAGCAUCGGAAGCGGAGAAGGCACGGAAGAUGCCUGCGGAUGCGGAGGUGCCAGCCAAGAAAGCUAAAAAGAUAGACGACGGGGAGAAGGUUUCGAAGCCAUCCGCCGAGUCAGAGGCACAAGCAAAAGAAUUGCAGAAAGCAGCGGAUGUGGACAAGGUUAAGCACACGGUUGACAAGGAUCUGCUUGCGCAGAACGCUGAUCUGAUAUCGCGGACAAAGGAAGCACUCCAGCAGAGCUUGCAGCAUCAGCAGAAGGGAGAGACACCUCAGCCAGCCGCACCGCCGCCUGCGUCACAUGCCGUUUCUUCCGGAGCAGCGGGCCCCGCAACACAGGAGACAGCGCAGACAUCAUUUGUCUUGGCCAGCGAGGCCACUACGCUGAUGCCUUCCGAGAAGGUGCCUCCCUGUGAGCUUCCUUUGUGGUGCGUGCGGCCCAAUCCCAGAGACGUGGAAGUGUUGCUGGAAAUUGUGCGGCACGUUCAAGGAAGCAGCCUCCCAUCCAAGCGUAUGCGGCUUGGGCGUCGAGCCUGGGCUCUUCUGGGUCGAAGGCUGCACGAAGCCCAAGCGGAAGAAGCCAGGCGAGCAGGGGUGCCCGAGCCUGACAUUGGCCUGGCAUGUCCUUUGUCGUCUAAAGCACAUGCGCUGGUGCUUCAGAACUGGACGGGCAAGAUUUUCUUGAAGGACCUGGGUUCAGCCCACGGCACUUUCUUGGGUGGAGUGCGGCUAAAUCCGCACGAGCCUUUCGAGUGGAAAGCCGGUAUGCAGGCUUACUUUGCGGAUGCCAGCACCGAGUUCUUUGAGCUCCGGGCAGCAUAG